GGCGCGCGCAAGAGUGGCUGGGGAGCGUCAAACGCGCGGAGAGGAAAGUCGAGGCUGCACUUUUAAUAGGAGCGGAACCGCGCGCAAAAAAAGUCUUGCUGCAGUUCAGAACUCGCUCGCCUAGCCUCGCCAAACACGGGAAGGAGCGUCCGGACGAAGCAGAAUUGCAACUACAUUUUUCUUUCUUUCUUUCUAAACAGCAUCUCCCUCUACUUCUUAACUAUUCUCCACGUGGGUGGAGACCGAGGAGCAGGGGAAGAACGGUACUCCUGUAACAGCAGUCGCGACCCAAUAUGUCAGGGCGGGUGCUGAAUGUUUUCUUGCUGCUCUGCAGCUGGAGCCUGACUGAGCUGAUGGUCGAAGCUUGUACCUGCGUCCCAGUUCAUCCCCAGGAUGCCUUCUGUAACUCAGAUAUUGUUAUCCGGGCCAAGGUAGUGGGCAAGAAACUUAUGAAAGAUGGACCAUUUGGGACAAUGCGAUACACUGUCAAACAAAUGAAGAUGUACAGAGGUUUUGACAAGAUGCCACAUGUUCAAUACAUCUACACUGAGGCCUCUGAAAGUCUUUGUGGAGUCAAGUUGGAGGUCAACAAGUAUCAGUACAUGAUUACAGGUCGAGUUUUUGAUGGAAAGGUUUAUACUGGACUGUGUAAUCUGAAUGAAAAGUGGGAUCGACUGACCUUGUCUCAGCGCAAAGGAUUAAACCAUCGUUACCAUCUAGGUUGUGGCUGCAAGAUUAAGCCCUGCUACUAUCUUCCUUGCUUUGUGACCUCCAAGAAUGAAUGCCUCUGGACAGAUAUGCUUUCCAGCUUUGGUCAACCAGGGUACCAGUCAAAGCAUUAUGCUUGCAUCAAACACAAAGAUGGCUACUGCAGCUGGUAUAGAGGAUGGGCACCUCCUGAUAAAACCAUCAUCAAUGCAACUGACCCCUGAAAUUCCAUUUGUCUUUCUUCCCUGUUCUUUUCUUCCCAUGUGGCUGAGAAUUCUUUGGACACUAACGCAUAUUUGAUCAUGAUGGCAACCAUGAUAUUAGUGCCUGUUUCUUGCAAUUUUUAGCACUUCGAACUGUUGUGAUUUUUAAAUCUAUGCUGUCUUAACUCUUUUUUAAAAUUAUCUUUUAAAAAAUUGCUCUCAUCCCAUGUUGAUCAAAUAUUUAUCUGGUGUGUGAACAGAAGUUCCCAGAUGAUCAAGGGAGCUUUUGCUUAAAGUUUUUAUAGCACUAUACAUAUAGCAAUAUAUAUAUUUUUGUAGGAAAACACAAAUCUCAAAAACUUCCUAAUUAAAAUUCUAUUCCCUCCUCUUCAUUUCCUGUGCUGCUGUUUUAUUCUCACAUUCAGUUCUCAGAGCAGGUAGCUAUGAACGCAGCCAGUUGGGAUUAAUCACCAUUGUGAGCCACAUAAUGAAGGGAUGCAAAGAAAGUCAUUAUGCUUAUAUAGAAUGGAAUAUGGAGUAUUUGGGGAAAUUCCUUUGCAUGAAUUUAAAAGAUUGCAUACUUCAAAAUGCCUGUCCAUUCCAAUAUGAAUGUAGAAAUUUCAUGGCAGUUCUAGGUUUGCACAUAAAAUAAAUUUCUUUUAAAAAAAUGAAAAUCAACUAAAACAAAGCUAAUACAUCUUCUAAAUACAAAUGUGGAACAAACCUGUUGAGAACCAAAUCAACACCAGAUAUUUUUGUGGCUUUGAUGUGGAUGUAAAACUGCUUCUUCAAUAUUUGUUUUACACACAAGUUUCCCAGAAUGUUGUGGAGAGGGGACAAAGUUGGAGCACAGGAGGAAAGAAACAACCCUCCCUGGGCCAUAUUGAUGUAAGAAACCAGCUGCCCAAACACUGCUUUUGCUGAACAAAAAUGUAUAUAGAUAUAAUGAUAUAAGCUAUUUUUGACAGGGCAUGAUUCUGUUUCAUGCUAUAAGUAAUAAAAAGUUUCAUGCUUUUGUUUCAAAAGAGCAACCAUUCACAUUCCAAGUCAUUAGUUAUUAUUUUGUUUUUUUUUAGUUUGAAAGCUACUGGAGUUCCAGUAAUUUCUAAAGUGGUGAUAAUAAUCUGUUUUUAUUCCCUUCCCUGUAUGCUUGUUUUCCUUCUUGCCAUCAAAAUAAGGGCCAAUGCAAACAAUUGUUCUAAGACUGAAAUAUUUCCAUGGUCCCUAUCCCCUUCCCUUAAAAAUAUACAAUAGAAUGGUGAUGUAAAAGUGCCUUACUAUUGUACAAAUACUGGUUCAGCCUGUACUUUGAAAAACAUUGAAUUUUUUUCAUAGUUUUUCAUGAUGCGGUAUUUUGUAAAUUCUGUUAUAUAGGAAUCUUUUCAUAAUACUCCUGUGAAUAUUGGCAAGGCAGUGAAAAAUCGUUUCUUCAUAAUAUUUUCCUACUUGUUAAUAGUGUGUUUAUCAGUAGGCACAGUGAAAAUAGAGAAGAUGGGCAGGGAAUAUAUUAAAACCUACUUUUCCAGCCUUUAAUGUAAUUCUUGAACUAGAUCUAUUAACUAAAAUAAUAUUUUAGGGAGAUUAUUAUGUAUUCCACUGUUGACUACAGUUAAACAGCCCUAUGGUUUGGGCUCACUAUACUUUCUAGAAGUAAGGAACUGGCUAUUCUGCUUUCACUACAGUCUAUUACUAUUAUGAAAAGGUGUAAUAUAAAAAUAUUUUAAAAGUAAUUUAAGAGCGAAGUUUCUAUUGAGGUUGGCAAUUGCAUAAUUUACUGAGACCGUAGAAUGGGGUGAAGGUUAAUACACUUACUACAAGCACACGUUCUGUCCUUUUGUGCUGUUAUAAUUUGUCUUAACAUUACUUUAGGUCUUCAAUUCAUUCCUCCUAAAAACAGAGCUGCCAUAAGUUCAAAAUUGUUCUAUAAUAUAAUUUAAAAAUGCGCCUAGUUUUCUUCUCAGCUGAACUGAAUAAGUUUUUGUAACAGAAAGGGCUUCCACAAACCAAAAGAGAUGGCUGAGCAGGAAUGAGGAUACACAAACACACAAAUAUAUUACAACGUCGCUAUACCACAUGGAUUCAGAAAAGUAUCUGCUGUAUUUUCCACAACAGUAUUUUUAUGUUUAUAAAUUAUAGUGCAAAUGUUGCUAACAGUAAAUUCAGAGUUGUUUCCAUAAAAAAGACUAAUUUAUAUUGCAAUCAGCCAAAAUUAUAAAAGCCAGCAAUAUGAAUUGCCCCAUUUCUUGAGACAAACUUGAUUUAAGUUCAGAUCUUAAAGGCAAAAAGAAAGCAUUUUGAUCUUUCCUUUCACUGAAUGGCAGCUCUAGAUUGUUAUUUUCACUUAAGGUCAUACCUGAAUCGCCAUAAUACUGCAGUCAAAAAAUGGUGAAAUGCUCUCUUAUGCUAAGAAAAAACAUGUUCUUAUUCAAGUUGUAAUGUAUCUCUGUAUUUGUAAGAAAUAAAAUAGCAUAGCCAUCCAAUAAAAUAUAUUUCUCUAUGUAGGUCAGUGUUUCUAAACCUUGGCGACUUUAAGUCCUGUGGACUUCAACUCCCAGAAGUCCACAGGACUUAAAGUCGCCAAGGUUGAGAAACACUGAUGUAGGUGUUCUAUUGUACACCACAGAAGACAAGAGUUAUUUGAGGAAGAGUGAUAGCUUAAUCAACAAUACUCCCCUACAGGGUGGCUUGGUUCUUGGUUUUGUUUUAAUAAGGUGGGAAAAACCCAGCAAAAAAUACAUUUCUUUUGGGAUGCCUUCAAAGUUUUCAAUGCUAAAACAGUAUUUUUUUUAAAGAAAAGUUUGGUACAAGAUGGGUGGCUGUAUAAAAGCAAACAAAUAAAAAAUGGGCCUUUUUAUCAUCCCCAUUGUACAGACUGUAAUGUGGGAUUUGAAAUGGUAAUCUGACUCGUGUGUUGAUCCAGUAAACUUAUCAGCAAGAUGCCCUGAGUGCUUAGUUUUGUAUUUGAUGUAUGGGCCUGAGCCAUUCUUGUUAAAGUCAGCUGGUGUCUUUCCAUUGAUUCCAGAAGUAAUAAGACCUGAUAUGUCCAAUUAUAAACUCAUCUGCAAGGGAUUUAAUUUAGCAUGUCUUUUUUCUUCAGAAGGGAGUUGCAUUAAAUUUGAUGGAGAUUAUUCUCAGGAAAAGCAUGCAUAUGGCCGCAGAAUUAGGAUUUAAUUCUAUUUACACCUUAAUAAUAAACCCUACUGAUUCCAGCUCUUUUUUUUUUGUAGAAACAGCCCUAGGACCAAGAUGUAAAGAAUUGUUUUAUUUUUUGCAUUACCAUUGUUAGCAAUUAUGAACAUUAGAGUGGAAAUAAAUGCAAUCUAGGAGAAAGCUCCUCCCCAAAAGGAAUGUACUUUUUGCUUAGUUUAGUAGUACUGUUUACAGUUUUCCUCCUUAUUUUGUUAUUUAUAAAUUUUAUAUUCAUUGAAUGUAUAUUGUCUUUUAAGGUAAUAAUGUUCACUUUUUAUAGUGUACUUUUAUUCUAAACAAUAAAGUGUUUUAUUUCUUACCACA